AUGGUCCUGUAUCAGAAACAUGGCCAAAGGAAAAAGACUGAGAGUUUAUGGAAUUUAAAGGAUUUGAAAUCAGUAGAUAUUGUGAUUGGAGGCGGUACAUCUCAGCCUUCUGGUCAUGCGUGCCAACAAAAUAUAAAAGACAUUGAAAAGGAAGUCAAAGGAGACACCUCAGAGGCUGUGUUGCACCAGACUGGGGCAUUAGGGAAAUCUAAAGAAAAUGUAGGUGAACAGAUGUCUGCUUCUGUGAAUGGAAAGCAGAACUCCUCUUUUCUUCCAAAAGCUGAGAAACAGUCUCCAUCUGACAGCAAAACACAUAGGGGGAAGGAAAAUGGUGAUCCUCUGGCCAUCUCUCAUCAGCUAAAGGAAGUCUUACCAGUGGUCAUAUUUAAUAACUGUGGAGAACCAUCAUCAGAAAAAAUUACAGUACAAGAUUUCCCAAGCAUGGUGGAAGGCUUUAAACCAGGAAAGGCUAAAUUUAUGACAGAAGUGAAAUGUGGGGCUUUCAAUGUACAAAUACAAAUCAAGAAAAACAUUUUCUGUAAAACAGGUACACAGUUCUCAAUGAAGAGAUGUCCAGCAUGUCACCAGUUGUUUCCCGUCAGGCACAUCUGGAAAUGCUGCACAGCUAAAAGAUGCUUUCCUAAACACAAUAAUAAAUUGGCAGAAGAAUUAAAAUCUGAAGUGCCAUUCAAAUAUAGGGGAGAACUUGCCAAAACUGAAAGCCCCUCACUGAAAGUAAGCAUUGUAGGAAAAGAAAUUAAAGUUAAAUACGUAAGUAAGAAACAGAAUAUAUUAGUUAACAUAACUCAUCCUAAAAGAAGAGGAAAGAUAAAUAAAUAUACAAACAUUUCCUCCAAUCACAUCUCCGAAGAAUCUUCCAGGCCCCCUGCCCAUUCUAGUGGUAAGCACCCUGGAAAGUGGCCCUUUGAGAAUCAGCACCAAAAUGCAGAUUGUCUGCAUGUCUCUCUUCCUAAUGUGUUCACUGCUCAAAAGGAGAAUGCUAACAUAGCUGUGGCUUCUCACACAUCAAUUCUUAAGAGAGAAAAAAAUAAGCCCAACUCACUGUCUUUGGGCUCAGAUGGUUCUGGGGGAGAAUCUGCCAUCUCACAGCGGAAAGUCUUUAAAAUUAGUCAGCACUCUCCCCAGAGAUCACAGUUUUCUGCAACCGACCCUCUUCACAUAAACAUUUGUCCUACUUCAUGUGAUACCCUACAGACCACAAGUUUAAGUAAUGCAGAUGUAAGUAAGAUGUCUUCUGAAGAUCUGAAGGAUGGAAACAGAGAGAUAAAGACCAAGUUUGACGUCUCAGGAACUAUCACAGCAGACUCAAACAUACAGCAAAGCACAGAAGGAAAUCAUUUGCUAAGUACCAUUACUGACACUGUUCCCACUCAAGAAGGCUCAGAGUCUGACUUUUGUUCUUUGUCUUCUCUAAGCACGCAGCACUUAGGAGAAAAGGCAGCUGAUGCUGCCUGCAAAGUCAGCAGAAGUCCACCUGCAGAAGACCAUGAGAUCUCACGUGUUUCAUCAUUCCCUUCCAGCCAAGGUGGUCUGAAGCCUUCUACCUCAUUUAGUCCAUCUCACUGGGCCACCAGACAUUUAGAAACUAAAGAGACCUCAGGAAAUACAUUUUCUUUUAACCACUGUGCUGAGUUUGUGAUAGGCCGUGAGAAAGACAAUAGUGACGUGACUGACGGAGACACUAGCAAAGUCAUUUUACAUGGUGACUCAUAUGAAAACGCACAGCAAUUAGUGGAAAGGAAGAGUGCUCAGAGUCCAGCGCUCAGACCUGUAUCUUGCAACAGCCUAGAUGCUGGGAAUCUGAAACAUAGUAUUACUCACAGACCUGAACAGGUGGACCAGUUGGUGGUCCAGGCAAAUCAUCCAGAGAUGGCAGCCCUCAGCCAAACAAAAGGGCCAGUCAUGAUUUCCAUAACAGAUGAACUAGAGAGAAAAUUAACUACUCAAAAUGAUAAAGAACAUACGGUUGAUUCUAAUUGUUCUCUGGGAAUGAGAACCCCUAAAGAAUCACCUGAUUGUGCUGGAAAAGAUGAAAACAACAAGUUUCACAUAAUAUCAGUGGUAAAGAAUGCAUGUUCCAGAGAUUCUGAACACCUCUCCAAUGAGACUCAUAAUAAAGUCUGUUUUCAAAUGGAUCUUCCAUUAAACAUUGCUGAGUCUAACUCCACAGUGUCUGCUACAGAUGAGCUGUUUUUUAUUGAGAAAAUUCUACCCAGGGAUGCAGACCAAUAUGGAAACCAAGAUGAAAAGAGCCCUGAACUAACUAGUUCUCCACAGGAGCCAGAAGAAUACCAAAAGACUGCACCAAGAAGACCAAAUUCUGAAGGAGGUGAGAACAAAUAUGACUCAAAGGAUAAUUACUAUCACCAAAUAGAUAUUUUGCUGUCUUCUCAAAGCAGAGGGACUUUGAAAGAUCAGAAUUUGGAAAUCAUUAACCUCCGAAAGCUGUCCCAGGAAUUGGCUCUAACAGGUGGAAGAGCCAGCGAUGGUUCCCAGGAAGACGCAAUAGACCAGUGGGCCAGGAGGAGGCAGCAACUCAAGGACGGGAAAAGAUGCAACUCAGCAGGAGGGAGCUCCUUCACCAGCAACAUUACAGAAGGAUCCAUUACCUCAGAUGAUGGUCCUUCUAUGGAUUUUGGCUUUCGAGUUGAUAUUGAGGAAAAAGGAUUCUACACAGAGAACUUUCAUUCAGCAGCUUGGGUUUUCAGAGGAGACGAUGGGAAUCCUGAAGACAGUCCCCGAUGUCUUAGUAAAAAACCACGACCAGUAGCUGUUCGUGAACGAACUGUGAGAUUAUUCAAAGGGACUGGAGACUGUCCCUGGGGAUUCCGAAUUCAGUUCUCCAAGCCCAUCAUGGUAACUGAAGUGGAUGCCAACAGUGCUGCCGAGGAAGCCGGGCUCCAGAUUGGAGAUGUGGUGCUGUCUGUCAACGGCACCGAGGUCACCAGUGUGGAACAUGCAGAAGCUGUGCACCUUGCAAGGAAAGGUCCAGAUAUCUUGACUCUAGUGGUGGGAUCUGACAUCAGCCGCUGUCCCAAUACUCCAUGGCCGGCCUGCCGUGGCUAUCUGCACAAGAGGACUCACUCGGGCUUCAUGAAGGGUUGGAGGAAGAGGUGGUUUGUGCUGAAGCAUGAUGGCUGCCUGCACUAUUAUAAACAUAAAAAGGAUGAAGGAAAAUUACCACCUCUUGAAGCAAUAAAAUUAGAAGGUGCUGAAGUUUCCAUUGAUAGCAGCUUGGGAAAACCAUUUGUAUUUAACUGUAUCCCUCAGUCUGGAAAUAGAAUUUUUUGCCUAUGUGCAACCUCAAACCAAGAAAUGAAAAGGUGGCUUGAAGCAAUGGACAGAGCAGCGCAUCCUAUCCACCAGAACCAUGUCUGGGAAGAUGUGACUCUGCACAAUAGCAGCCUCCCACCCCUGGCUAUCAAGAACCCUGAGUGCCUGGGUCUUCUGCACCAGCUGGAUAGCAACAUGGAUUCGUGGGUCCAGCACUACUGCAUCUUGAAGGAUGGCUGCUUGUAUUUCUAUGCGAGCAUUCGCUCUACCCAGGCCUCAGGCGGCCUAUAUCUGCAAGGAUAUACGGUGAGUGAACAGAUCCAUAGCUUCAAACAAUCAGUCAUUGAACUCAAACCUCCAUCGGAAGAGUUCAAGACUUUCUAUUUCUGUGCAGAAAACACGACAGAGAACCAACGAUGGAUUACAGCUCUGAAAACAUCUAUCAAAAAAUGGCUUCCUUUGCAUCAAGCUAUUCAAGACUUCAUGAAUCGACCUCUAGAAGAAACCAAAAUGUGAAAGAAACUCUGGUUCUCAGGAGACAGUAUCCGCAAGAUCAGAACCAACUUAUUGCAGAAAGAAACAAAACCUUACCCAGCCUUCCAAAUGAAUGUUCCUCUAAUAUAUUAAAACUUUGUGAUAAGAUUAUGAUUUUGCUUUUGACUCAAAGCACCAAUAUUUAAUAUGAUGCUAUACCAAUAAUAUCAUAUUAUUUCUCCCUCAAGCUGCAUAUUAGUAUUAAAAUAUAAUAGACCCCUAGCCCGAUCUUUUGAAAGCAUAAAUACAUCAAACUUUUUAAAUUGUGUUUUAUCUUGUAUUCUUUGCUAAAUGUUCCAUUCUGUGCUUUGGCUGUAUGCUUUCUAAAAUGCUUUCAGGCCAUGUUGCAGGAACUGAUAUAAAUUAAGAUCGUAGAAAUAAAAUGGCUUAAA